UUAUUGUAAUUUUCUCUUGAGCACUCAGUGUGGUAUGUGAAGUGAACUCAGUCAACUAGAACAGAAGUUUAAAAAAAGAACACAGUUAAAAUGUAAUCCAGUUAUAAUAAUCUGUCACGUUGCUCUGUUAUCUAAAUGAGAAGUAACACAUUGUGCUCAUGGGAGGGGAUUUCAGGUCAGCUCUCUUUGGCAAAUGGCCUUCUCUCUAUCAUUGUUGCUUAUCUAGAUCAUCCAGUAAACUUCUAUUCUUUUGUCCAACUGCCAGAAAUGUUGAACAAUGUUCUACCUGCAAUGACACUUGCUUUAUGCUGCUGGUUUUGAGUCAGUGUGAAUCAAGAAUAUUGUGCUAUAGUUUAGUUUUAUCAACCUACGUACAGUACAUUUUGGCAUAUGUAGUGUAUUUCCAGCGUGUUGUUUAGCACCUGCCACACGUGUCGAGGAGGUUCCCACUAUAUUGGUGGUUCGGUCAAAUCCGACUUUUACUCAGCUUGUGUGUCGUUGAUGUCACGUUUGAUAGUGCAAGGUAAUGUAUUUUGUUGAAGUACGGCACCCUUCUCUAGGUCACAUGUUCAGCCUGUGUUUCUGUUUAGUUUUCUGGAUGUCCGUUUAAUAAUAGCCAUGUGGUGUCAUUCAUUUACCGAACAGUUAGUAUUACAUUUAGUUGUCAGUUAGCUUGAAUAGCUGGGAAAAAACGUUUUAUACGCGUGCAGCGUUCAAGGACAGAAAUGCUCUGUUGUGUUCAGUAGUUCUUUAAAAUGAGGAACCGUGCGCAGGGGGGAGCAUGUGACUCAUGGGUUAAGUCGAGUCUUGAGCUUUAAACGCUGUGUCAUUGCAGCCGGGGGAGUGAGCGAGCACAAGGGAGCCGGCUGAAUGAAAGAGCAUGUGUUCGAGUGUCCGUUGGUGUGUGUGGUUGGUGAUAGUGGAGAGGUGGCAUGUGAUGACACAUGUGCCCACCCAGUGGUGGAGGCAAGCGUCCUGGUGGUGAAGCCCUGAUGACGACGAUGACGACGAUGACGAUGUUGCUACGUCAUCGCCACAUGUGUUUCCCACCUCUCUUGCUCAUUGCGCUCCCUCUCGCUCAUUGGCACUCCUUGGUCAUGUGACCCAAUGCUCUACUUCUCCUCUCCUUCCCUUAGACAGCUUAGGCUGCGCCGUGUUUCUCUUUGGGAUUGACGCUCAUCUGUGUGUAUAUCAGAAUAUGUGUGGUAACUGAGAGACAGACAGUGUACAAUUUUACAGGGCCGGAGAGCCGGGUGCGUCAGAAAGUGUCGGAACGGAAAUGCAAUAAGCUAUGCUAAAAGGAGAAAAGGCUCAGGAAACAAAACUGAGAGGCAAAUAGAGAGAGGGAGGCGAGAGGCACUUUGAGAAAGCCAGAGAAAAUGAGAGAUCACGAGAAACCGGGAAAGGCUACUGAAGUUGAUCCAACUAUAGCGCAGUGUAGCCGGCACAGAAAUAUAAGAGAAGAAAUACUACGCAGGAGCGGACAGCGAUCUGCAUGGGGAAGACGGCCAUGUUUCCCCCCACCCUCUCCUGCUCCUCCUGGUUAGAUCUGCUCCAAAACUCCAGCAAUGUUCGAGAGAAGACAGGAGACGCCACAAGGCCGGUCAGCCAGCAAGUGGGCGAGAGGAAACAUCCAGCGGUCAUGACGACGUUGAUGAUGAUAAUGAAGCCAAGGCAGAAUAAUGACUGUUCGCGAAGUCACUUCAGUGGAUGGCCCCAGAAGUGGAGGCCAGAUGGAAAUUGGGUCACAUGACCGCCUCCAGGAAGGCGUGCUGAGCCUGGAACUGGCCAAUGGGGUGAAUCGCUACCCUAAUGAUGAUUCGACAUCUAGUGAAACAGAGCAGCAGAGGGCAGGAAGCGUGCCUCCAAGGCAGAGCUGGUUGACAGUACAUGGCAAGGUCAGUGACACCCAACAACAGCAACCGUGUUGGAACAGCAGCAGCGGUACAAACCCUGGUGAACCUGUCCACCAUGCAGACAUGGAGGAUGCCCACAAUCUGGUGGCUUUUUCUGCUAUUGCUGGCUCCUUGCCUCCUUCUUCCUCUUCUUCCUGCCUCAUGCAGCCUAACACAGCCCAGCUGAAUGAGAAGUUCACCAAGGAGGUGGGUGUUGAGGGGGCACUUGCCAAACUCUCUGCUGGAGCUCCUGAGGGAAGCUGCCAAACUCCAGAAGACCUGAACUCUCUACAGUCGGCACUGAGCCAAGCCAAACAUGGACAAAAGCCCCCUAACUGCAACUGCGAUGGGCCCGACUGUCCAGACUACCUUGAGUGGCUGGAGAAGAAGAUCAAGUUGGCAACCAAUGAGGAUCAAGGUGCUUGCAAGAUGGCUGACGCUCCCCCUAACCCACAGCCUCACCUACAGCAAACCAAUUUGCAGCACCCUCGUCAGCCCUACACCCAGAUGAAUGGUGGCCACCGUCUGUCUGCUUUAUACCCCCAGCAGCAACAUGGAGGUCAAGGCCCUAAUCUAGACCAAAUGCUCUGCUCAAAACCCCCAAUUCCCUGCUCUCCCCAGGUGCUCUCCAUAGCCAAGGAAAAGAACAUCAGUCUUCAGGCAGCUAUUGCUAUAGAAGCCCUGACCCAGUUAUCUGGGACUGGUUUGCAAACUGCCGGCUCUCCAGGUCAAUUUUCCUACAACAGUAACCUCCAUCACCACCAACAUACCCAGAACCUCCCAUCUCAACCCCCCAAUGGCACUAGCUUGAUCCCAUCCUCUCCCGGCACGCACUCAUCUUCCUCACGCUCUCAAUCUGUCCCUCCAGGACUAAACACCAUUCAGAAGGCCUCCGUUUCCUAUGAGCACCACAGGCCCCAAUCCCAGGGCCAGCCACCCCAUGCUACCCCUCUUCCAUCCUCUACCUCUCCCUUCCCAGGUCAGGGAAAACAUCAAGGCUUCAUCUCUAAUCCCCAGCAGUGGCAACAGGGCUCAGGCAGAAGCUCUGAGCAGAGGAACCCAUGGAUGUGUAUAAAGUCUGAGCCCCAGUCUCACUACGCUGCUGCACCUCACAGCAGCUCAGACCCCAUGUCAGAGCUCAAACAGCUGCUUGGUGACACCAGUGGCAAGUUUAGCCAUGCUAAUUUCAAGCUCCCAGUCACACAGCAGAUUGUCUUGAACCAGAAUGGAGGUAUCCAGGCCCAAGACCACCCAGCAUUGGCCAGGAUAAAGCAAGAACCAGACUCUGGUGAGCACUACCAUCACACUGCCUCCAUGGGACAUUAUGGCAUGGCUAAUGGCCAGCUGCAAGGUCAGCACUACCCUGGCACUCCUAUGUCUCCUGGCCAAGCAUCCAUUAGCCACUCCACUCAGGCAGCUCUGCAACAGCAUCUUCACUACAAGAGGAACCUCUUCUCUAGCCACUCCCCUGGCUUUGGAGCACCAGGCCCUCGUGCACCGCUGGCUUGUCAAAACUUGAAAAAAUGGUGGCCACAGAUGGACCCAGAAGGUUUGCCACAUUUGGCCAUCAAACAGGAACCCAAGGAACCCAAAAAGAGGAAAAGCAGUCAAGGAUCUCCUGUGAUAAAAGCUAUGAGUGGGAUGCUUGCAGUCUCUCCCCUGCCCAAAGCUAAACAGAUAGUCAUCAAGAAGACCAAGCAGAAAGCCUCCAUGCCAACCUUCCUGCCUCAGAUUCAGAUCACCGUACAAAAACCAUCAGUCGUCAUGAUGAACAGAGCCCCGACCCUGACCAGCCUGCAACCAGGUUCUCUCCCCUCUCUGCCCCUCCACAGUAACUCCACUCAGGCUGCUGCUGCAGGCCUCCCUGCCCCAGCCCAAUCUCAGGUAUCCAUUUCCAACUCCUCCAUGACUCCCUCUUCCACUGUUUCUGCUUUGUCAGAAAACGCUCCAGCCCUCAUGGGCCCUCUGCUCUCACAUGUGGCCCCUGUAGCUCAUGCUAAGUCAGAGGUAGUGGGCAGCCUGGCCUCCAGUAACACCAGCACCACCACACCUGUGACCUCCACACUUCCAUCCAGCACCUCCCAAUUACAGAGCGUCAUCAACAUCGACCCGAAGUACGAAGAACUGAUCCGCCAGUUUGAGGCUGAAUUUGGAGACUCAGCUCCAGACACAUCUGCCAGUCAUCCCAAGGAGGAGACUGAUACAGCCCCUCAGCCGAGGAAUCAGUCCCAGACCAGUUUGCGGGACCUCAGUCCCACAUCAUCUUCCACCUCCCAGUCGGCUCCCUUAAUUCUCGCCACUCAAGCCAGUUCCACAUCUCAUUCAGAUGAUCGGGAGAUGGAAGUCAGCAAGGAUGAGUCAGGGUCCAAAAGUGAAGCAACCUUGAAUCAGGCAUCCACAGAAAGCUCUCUGAGGGAUGUCCCUCUGCAUCAUCAGGCUAGUCUGCACCAGCAGCAGUCCAGUGUGUUAAAGGGUACGUUCAACAUGCCGUGUUCUCCACUACCCAAACGCAUGAAGAUUGAAACCUCGGGUGAUAUAUCCAUACUUUCCACCACAUGCUAUUCUGAGGAGGACACACCCACUAAGGACAGCUUGCCUGCGUCUCCAUCUCUCAGAGGCUUCCUAGAGUCUCCUCUGCGCUACCUGGACACCCCCACCAAGACCUUGCUGAGUACUCCUUCCAAGGAUCUGCAGGCAGAGUUCCCCACCUGCACCUGUGUGGAACAAAUCCUGGAGAAAGAUGAAGGACCCUACUACAAUCACCUGGGAUCAGGACCUACUGUAGCCUCCAUACGAGACCUGAUGGAGACGAGGUAUGGAGAGAAGGGGGAGGCCAUCCGGAUUGAGAAGGUGGUGUACACAGGGAGAGAGGGAAAGAGCUCACGAGGAUGUCCUAUUGCUAAAUGGGUGAUCCGUCGUGGCAGUGAGACAGAGAAGCUGCUGUGUCUGGUGCGUCCGCGUGCAGGCCACCACUGUGACAACGCGAUCAUCAUCAUCCUCAUUAUGGCCUGGGAAGGGGUCCCGAGGGCCCUGGCUGACAAGUUGUACCACGAGCUCAGUGGCACCCUCACCACAUUUGGCAACGCCACCAGCCGACGCUGUGGCCUCAAUGAUGAUCGGACCUGUGCAUGUCAAGGCAAGGACAGUGAGUCUUGUGGCGCUUCCUUCUCCUUUGGCUGCUCCUGGAGUAUGUACUUUAAUGGCUGCAAGUACGCCCGAAGCAAAAUUCCACGCAAGUUCAGGCUACAAGGAGAUCACCCUGAAGAGGAGGAUAAACUCAGGGAUAACCUCCAACAUCUGGCAACUGAGUUGGCUCCUUUGUACGAGCAGCUGGCGCCACAGGCCUACAGUAACCAGUGCCAGUCAGAGUCGAAAGCUCCAGACUGCAGGCUUGGCUUGAAGGAAGGCCGGCCGUUCUCUGGAGUCACUGCUUGCAUGGACUUCUGUGCCCACGCUCAUAAGGACCAGCACAACCUCUACAAUGGUUGCACAGUGGUAUGUACUUUGACGAAGGAGGACAACCGUUCUGUGAAGGAGAUUCCAGAGGAUGAGCAGCUCCAUGUGUUGCCUCUUUAUCGGAUCUCCACGACUGAUGAGUUUGGCAGUGAGGAAGCCCAGCGUCUCAAGAUGCAGACAAAAGCCAUCCAUGUGCUUCAGGCUUUUCGCCGUGAGGUACGCAAGUUGCCCGAACCUGCCAAGUCCUGCCGACAGCGCAGACUGGAGGCCAAGAAGGCCAACUCGGAAAAGAAGAAAAAUAAACUCAUGCAGCAGGCAGGAGAGACACCAGAGAAAACAGUGGUCAAGGCUGAGGUCCGCAUCACAGGUUCCCCUCAACCUCGAGGCAAUAAAGCAAUUAUAAAACAAGAGGUGAAGCCCAACAUCAAGAAGGAGCCCUUUAAUGGAUCAAUCGAUGGAUACCCUGUGCAGGCAGCAGACCCAUUCAGCAACAUCUAUCCACACCCUGCCUACUAUGCAAGGGGAGGCCUUCCCCCAACUGGCCAGCCCACUGCAUCUGACCCAGUCAACGGUUAUCACCACAAUCUGCCCCCAAUGCACUAUGGCUACUACAACUACUCCCCCAAUGCACUUUUCCCCCCUAAGUUGAGGACCUACGAGGGUCGCAAUGGCUCUUUGCCCAAAGCAGGCAGCAAGGCUGUCCAGGUUGAUCUGAAGCCUGAUAUUCAGAGCCUUCAGGCCAGACUGGCACAGCCUUUCCCCAGCCACCCAGAGCAAGCCAACCAACCAAACCUCAGCGCUUAUGCCCAGCAUGUAGACCACAACCAGUCUCGUCCUUCCUCUGUAUGCUCUGAACACUCCAACAGAGGCACUCCAGUCAUCAAACAGGAGCCUAUGGAUGUGCCAGUCUAUGAAGGCACAAUGCAGAGCCAGGCUGGUGCCAACACACCUAGCUUAAAGUUUAAUGGAAGUAUCGUUCCCACCAACUGGGAAGGCCAUCUGAACCCUAAACUAUGUCCUGAAGCCUCAUUGUUGAACCCGGACAAGCAGCAGUUUCACCAGCAUUUCCAGCAGCGGCAGCCCUCUCCUUACCCCCAGCAGUGGACAUCCUACCCUGGCUCAAAUCCCCUGAUUGCUUCCCCUGCUCUAUCACCAUCCCUCCAGGUACCUCCCUCUCCAUCCCCUCACCUAGGGACAACGUUCCCUGGUAACAUGCAUCAAGGGUCCACACGCCCCUCCACCUCGCGCCCAAGCACCCCUCAGACAGGUACACCACAGCUUGGCAGCUCUCACUCAGGCUCAGUUACACCACAGCCAGGCACCCCAGGGCCAGGCACCCCCAGGCAUUGGGCCAGCCCUGCUCCGAGUCCUCAGCCAAAUGCUUGGGCCAUGGGUCCUGCGGCAUAUAGUCCUGGUUUGAAGCACAGCAAUCCUGCUGGAGCCUAUCCUGACAAGAUCUGGUCCAAGACUGGGGAAAGUCGGUGUUCCACUCCUCUUGGGCUCCAAGAGAAUGCCUGGAAGUCUAGUGGUGGUUCAAUGGCAGGUAUUUCCCCGUCCCCUGCCCCUGAGGGUCGUCUCUUCCCUGAUGCCCUGCAGCAGUCAGAUCAGGCUUGCUGGACUCCCAACCGAGCUGAGAGUGACGUUGAGAGCACCAAGGGCCGUGACGAGUACGACGAAGAGUGGUCUGAUAGCGAGCACAACUUCCUGGAUCCCAACAUUGGUGGCGUAGCGGUAGCACCAGCCCAUGGCUCCAUCCUGAUUGAAUGUGCCCGUCGGGAACUACAUGCUACCACUCCGGUCGAAAAGCCUGAUCGCUCUCACCCCACCCGCAUCUCCCUGGUCUUCUACCAGCACAAGAACCUCAACCAGCCCGGGCACGGCAUGGCUAUUUGGGAAGCCAAAAUGAAGCUGCUCGCAGAGCGAGCGCUCCAGAGGCAGCAGGAAGCGGCUCUCCUUGGCCUCUCCCAGGAGGACAUCAAGGCCCUCGGGAAGAAACGUAAGUGGGGGGCUACAGUGGCAGGUGCCAGUCCAGGACCUGGACAAUUUAAAGACAAGAGGGAGGGGCCAGUGACGCGGUUAGCCCCCACAUUCCACACCUCCUCUACAGUUACUGUGUCUCCCUAUGCCUUCACCCGCCUCACUGGGCCCUACAGCCACUAUGUCUGAGGUCAGAUGGAUACAAACAGACAGACAGACAGAUAGCUACAGAGUGGUGCAGUGGAGGGCUGGAGAUGAGCAGGAUGAAUGUCUCUCAGCCGUCCUACAGUCUGGCAUCUCUCCAUCCUGCCCCCUUCAGAGUCCACUUGACGGAGGGGAUUUUUAUUGUUUUUUACCUCAUGUCAGGCAGUUGUUUGGGCUUCAGACACACUGCCUGUGGUGCUCUUCCUCUCUCUUCCCUGGAGAGGAUCUCCAUUGCUUUUUCUUGUUCAUAGAAUUUUAAUGAUUCUAAUUAUUGCUAUUAUUAUCGAUAUUAUUAUGAUUGCUAUUGUUACUGUCAAUGUUGUUAUUACAGGUAUUAUUAUAAUGAAGACUUGUUUGUUUUUUAUUAUUGCUGUUUUCAUUAAUGUUAUUAUUAAUGAUGUGAUUGUUUUUGGUUAUAUAUUUUUUUUAAUCAAUCAGUCUGAGUCAGUCAGACUCGACAAGUUCUUUUCCAUGUUUGGAAAACGUGUACCCUUUUUUUCUGUUUCUGAUUUUCUUUGUUCUUGUCAAUCUUCCAGCUGUACUUAGAGGAGGAGCCAUUAUCUGCCUGGUAAGACAGCAAAUCAAUAUUACAGUAAUCAUAUGUACGGAUCUCAAAAAAGCCUUUUCAGUAGGCUUGUCUUAGAUAUCUAGGUCUAUUAUGGACAAUUUGCUGGUAUGUAUCUUUGAUCUUACAACAGCAAGCCCCCCAUAAAAGAUAAUUACAAAUAUUAUCAAUCUGGGCCUGUAUUUCCUAGUUUUGUGUGUGAAUGUUAUUUCAGAUUUAGUAGACAUAUAAACACAUAAACACAUAAAACAUCUGUAACAUUACAUGAAAAGCAGUGCUUUGUUUGUCGUGUGAUUGUGCAGAGCUCCUUAAAGACAAAAAUUAAACUAACCAAGCAUUGUGAUGCAAAAGUAGGAAAAUAAUGCUCAGGUUAAAAAUGAUUGCAGUUGCCCCUAAAACCACAUUUUGAGAAAAGGUUGCUGCUUCUUAUGUCGUCAGAUUACGUGCUCCUCCUCUUCUUCUGUACCCCUCCAGCUUCAGACUGGUGCUCAACUUCCUGCUAUGAUUGAUUUUCAUUCCGCUCCUCUUCAUGGCACUUGAUGCUGUACUUAGGUGCUCUCUAACCAGCUCAACUGGUAUUAGCAAGUUCAUUUGUUUUGACCAAGGUGGAGUGACAGAAUGAUUGCUUCAAGACAUCGGUGAAGGAAAUGUGCGUACAAAUGCUUUUCCUUUGCUUGUCAUGUGCUCCCGCCACAGAGUUCAAAAUGAGUGAUACUAUUUGCAAAUGUCAUUUGAUCCAGAUCUGCAAUUACCACACAGACAUGAGGUGGCACAUUUUAUCUUCCUAUAACAUUCAAGUAUGCGGAAGCAGCUCCCAGUGUAAACUCUAGAGGGCAGUAGUGUCUGCCGUUUCAAAGUGGUGUGUACAAACAAACCUUCUAGCACCUGAGAUCCAUUCAGAAACUGGUAGCCUUGCUUUGCUACUUUAACCACCCAUGACCAGUAGAGGGGGAUCGCUCCCCCUGUUGCUGAGCAUGUCAGCAAAGCAGCUCAUGGUUAAGUUGAUCUUGUGGCACAGAUGUGAAAGGAUGCUUUUGGGAAGCCCAUCCUGGUAUUUAGCAGAAGGAAACCGUGUUGGGGCAGCAGUGCUUUUGGUGCUACUACACACACUCUGGUGCUCUCCUUUUACACUUGAUUUACUGUAGGGCCCACUCCUUCCUCUGCAUGGUGCUGCCAUCUUCGAGCAGAGAGAGAUGUGUCCUUCUGCAGGCACCUUGUCACCACAGAGCCAGUCAGUCAGUUGCAGCUCUGUCAUUGGGGCUUGAGAACCGGUUUCUUUUAGAGGUGCUUUUUGAAUUUGGUUUUGUCUCAAACAAAGUGCUCUGUACAGGGAAGAGAAAGCACAGUUAUUUCAGUUGAAUUGUUGGUAACCCAUUCACAGAGAUAACAAUAGUACCGAGAGCUAAAUGGAGACCUAGGAGUUGGCGUCAAAUGCAAGUGCAUUGAGUCAAUUAGUCUCUCACUUUGCUUGUAUGUGUGAAAAUAACUCAAACGCAUGGGUGCUUGAAAAAGAAAAGCCAAAGAGAGAGACUAUUUGAUAGCCUGGAUAGGAUCCUGUGAACCACUCGUUUUGGUUUUCAUGCAUCGACCAUGUGACUAUUUGAUUAAUUGAAUUCAAGCGGUGACAUGGUUUAGCUUGCAACAUUUGUCGAGAAUGAAAGUGAGCGACUCCUGGCUGCUGAGUGGUUGUUUGGGUCAAGGCCCUGGUCGUCGGUGACCCUGUUACCUCUCCCGAGGGUCUCCAGCUCUCUACCUCACGCCGUAGAGACACUGGUCACAAUCAACAACUUGCUACUGAGGGUAGAAGUCACGCAUAUGUCCCUUUGUGUGCUCUAAAUCUCCACACUUAUUUUAACCUGUUUUUUUAUUCUUAUUUAUUACUACAUGGUGAUGAUGAUAAUGAUUGUCUUUGAUGUUAUUGUUUUUUCAUCUUUUUUUAUAUAGCUAAUACAAAUUGUACAUAGAGAAGAAAAGAUUUAUAAAAGCACUUUUAAUCUUGAUUUUAAUGACAAAAAGAAGAGCCGAUUAUUGACAACUUGAAGCUUAGUUUUUCUGUUUUUGUUUUUUUUCUCAAGAGAGAGAUAAAAAUGUAAAUAUUAAAAUAUUUAGGUAAGAUUAUUUAACUGGUGAGGAUAGUAACUAAACCAUGAAUGACAAGGGGGUAUUUUGAAGUCUCUGACAGCCCUCAACAACACCUGUGUUGUGUGUAAAUGUGUGCUUAGUAACACUGCUGUUCUGCUUUUGUAAGUACUGUAACCCCUUGUCAGCAUGUAUCUGACAGAGACCUGUCACUUUCUAAAAAGAAAUUCAUUAGCCCGAUUAUGUAACAUAACACGUACUCACUGGCGACAGUCAAAAUAACUGGAGGAUAACCCAUGAUGCAGUUCUCUGACCAAAACCUUAUUCUUACAAAAAGUAUAACGUUUUAGAAAAUCUUCUUCUGCUUGACAACAAAUCAUCACUUGACUUUUUACAGCAGGUGUCAACAACCCAAGAGACACUCUGUCAUGACAAAUUAUAAGCAAUGUCAAAUUACAAUUGCAGCUUGAAAACAAAUGUAAUAACAAGGUACUCAACAACAGUGGCAGUAAGCUAAAGUCAAAUCUAAAAAGGUAGCCAUGAACCUACGAUGUGCUGUUUGUUGUUUAAAUAAAUAGUUAAGACGUUUUGAGAAAUGUGCUUAUUUACUUUUCUUGCUGAGAGUUAGAUGAGAACAUUAAUACCACUGUCCUGUCUGUAUUCUGAAGGAUGUAGCCGGAGCCAGCAGACGGUUAGCUUAGCUUAGCAUAAAGACUGAAAACAGGGGGAACCAGCUAGCCUGGCUCUGUGAACAAGCAACAAAAUCCACCUACAAGCGCCUCAAAAUCUCACUAACACAUUGAAUCCCCGUCAUUAAAAACCAAAGUUUAAACACGUUGAGUUUUGGUUUCACGGAGGUUACGUGCCAGAUUAUGUCUUCCAGGUCACCAAGCAACGAGCAGGAAGUCACUGCUCCCAGGCGAGACAUUGUGUGGCACACAAACUAAAAUUAUCAGGUUUUUGUGUCGUGCUUUUCAAAGUGCAGACAGACAGAUUUUGUUAUCUUUGGUCAAAACCAAGCUAGGUGUUUCCCCCUGUUUCCAGUCCUUUAUGCUAAACUAAGCUAACUGGCUGCGUAUAGAAAUUAGAGUGGUGCACAUCUCCUCGUCUACAUCUAAUAUUUCCCAAAAAUGUUGAACUAUUUCCUUAAUAUCAGUAGAGUUGCCCUUUACAAAUUGACCACCGGUCAUGUGCAGGAGCACAUCCAUGGGAGUGAUGUUUAGGGACAUACUGGUAGUUGCAAAGCCAGGCGAGUCAGUGGGCGAUGUUUCGCAAUCUUUGUCAGUUGUGUUAGACUAUCAGGUAAGAGACUCCCUGCUUGUUUAGAUGUAUCUAUCAUUAUCUACUCAUAAUAGUAAAGGAACUUGGCUUAAAAAUCAUGACGCCCCUCUGGAAGAAAACCAUGUGUUUAGUUUGUAAUAAUUAAUCGUAUAUUACACACAUCAUGGCCAACAGUAGUUUGACUGGUGCAGGGGCCGGGGCUGGUACAUUAACGGCCCAUUUUACUUUUCAACCAUAAUGCAUGGCCCACAUUACACACACACACACACACACACACACACACACACACUUGCCUAACAAUGGGUGCUGAGGAUAAAGUGUAUGUGAUAUCUUAAUAACUUUGUAAAUGUCUAACUUCUCAAGAGGUUGAGGGAUGCUUCUCAUGAAAGGCACUUCCUCCCACGCUCCUACCGAGAUGGGGGGAUCGGUCAGCUGGUGCUAUGAUGCUACACCUAAAUAUUCACUGUGUAAAAAAAGAAAUGCGAGGGAUAAAUGAUUACCACAAUUAUUUUCUAAUGUCAAGAGAAAUAUACUUUAGAUUCAAGCAGUUUCACUGGAUGGGAAGCGUCCCUGGUGCUGACUUUAAGAAGUCUUUUGUUACAAUUCUACAUAAUGACAUCUCGUUUUGAGGGCAGAGGGGCACUCAAACAGUUGAUUACGUUCUCUAUUAAUAUUCAUACCACAUUGUACUUGACUUCAUUCAAACUAGGAUGAGAUAUAGAAUCAUAUUUAAUGAAGACUGUUAUCUGGGUUUCAAGUUUGGUACAGCAAAGGUACCAAAGGCUAUUGAAAUGAUCUUUUGAGUAUGCUGUACACGUUCAUGUUAACCUAAUGCUAAGAUAUUUGAAUACAAGAAUAGCAGUUGUGUUCUGCCCCCCUUCCUCUUCCUGGACAUGCACUUCCUUUACUCAACCCCUCUCUUAUUCUUAACACCUUGUAUAUUUUGUCUUUCUCACACACGCGCACACACAAACAUAGAUAUACAAAUGCAUCUCACUGUGUAUGGCCCACAUUUAGAAGUCUGUUGAACACCUCAUUUAAUGAACACUCUCCAAAUUUGGGAUAGAGACUUGGACCCUGGCCCGUACAAAAAAAAAUAAAAAAUGAGCCGACACAACUGGCAGCUACUUUCCUUUUUGAGUUAGGAUUGUUCUUGGUUCUUUCUUUUCAUGUCAAGGAUGCAGUAUGUAAAAAAAGUGUUUUUGUUCAGUCUCUCUCUCUUUGUAGCUGUAUGGUGUAUUAUGUGAAUACAUAGUGUAUGUGGUAAAAAAACCACAAUAUUGUUUUAUGUUGCGCGAUAAAUAAAAACAUUGAAGUGAAAA